AUGGUCUCUGUCUUUAUCGUUACAGAAUCAUACAUCCUUCAGGGAGACAUCCUGGUACCGAAAACCACAAACAAGAACGCAGAUCCAUGUGUUCUGAAAGGCUGCCUGUGGCCCAAACAUGGACGCUACGUCACUGUGCCGUACGACAUCUCUGAUAGCUACACUCAAGAAGAACGCAAGAUCAUUCUUGGAGGGCUUCAGAGUUUUAAGCGGACCACCUGCAUUCGCUUUGUCCCAUAUAGUAACAAGUAUCGUGACUACAUCCACUUUGAACCAAAGAAUGGGUGUUCGUCCAGCGUGGGACGUCAGGAUGGAGGACAGUUCAUCUCCCUGGAGAAACCUGGCUGUUUGUCCCUCCGCGCAAUUCAGCAUGAGGUUCUUCACGCUCUGGGCUUCAAACAUGAACAGGUCCGCUCUGACAGAGACGAACAUGUUGAGAUUCUCUUCAAAAACAUUGAGAAAGGAAAAGAGAAUAAUUUCAGAAAAGUAAAAACCAACAACUUGGGAACUCCCUACGACUUCACCUCCAUCAUGGAGUACGGAAAAUAUGCAUUCUCCAAAAAUAAGUUGCCUACCAUCGUUGCCAAGUCCAAUCCUAAGUACGACUGGGGGCGAGCCACUAAGAUGAGUACCAAUGACAUCACCCGCGUCAACAGGCUUUAUGGAUGCUUAUAAAAUGACUUGGAGAAAUCAGCUCAACAAAAGCCAAGAAUUGAUCUGACACAUUUUUAAAAAGAUCUGGAGCCACCUGCUGGUCAAAGGUUGCACUGCAUCUCCUGUUGAUGGGAGGUUCCUCAGCCAACUUCAUGCAACUUUGAUUUGAAUUUGCUUAUUGCUUUUUACUUUACAUGAAGCCUCUGUGUAAAA